CUCAUCAGUGAAGCCUCCCUACAGCAAAAAUGCAACAAAGAAGGCUUCAACGUCCUAAGCGAUCUAGCAAAUCAUUCGAAAGCACGAAUUGGUAUCGUAGGCAACAAUGAAGAUGAUUGCGGAAGCAGUGAUUCCCGAAUCGGGUUUGGUACCGCUGGAUAUCCAGACGAUACCAAUUCGUGUGGCGAUGUGGCCAAGCACGGUGGAGAUAAAGGCGACAAACUUAUCAAAGCCAUGGGAUACAUCUUCGUUCAGUAGAAACAGAGGAACUUCAAGCUUUAGGGGCCGAGCUGCUAAGUAUAGUUUUUAGUACAUGCAAACUAAAAAGUGUUAUCGUUGAGAAAAGUAAUAAAAUGGAUUAUUGGGUGAAAGACUCUCUUCUA